UAAGGGAGGGCCGUGUCUCGUGUGUUUGGUAAAGGAAUUUAAAGCAACACUGCAAGCAUGACUACUGCCCAUAAGUUGGUGAUCGUCCGUCAUGGCGAGAGUGAGUGGAACCAGUACAACAAAUUCUGUGGUUGGUUUGAUGCCGACCUCAGCGAGAAGGGCCUGGAAGAGGCCAAACGUGGUGCCAAGGCCAUCAAGGACGCCGGAAUGAAGUUUGACAUCUGCCACACCUCCGUGUUGAAGCGAGCAGUCAAGACCCUGUGGACCAUCAUGGAAGGCACAGACCAGAUGUGGCUGCCCGUGUACCGCACAUGGCGUCUGAACGAGCGCCACUACGGCGGCCUGACAGGUCUCAACAAGGCCGAGACAGCCGAGAAGCACGGAGAGGAGCAGGUCAAGAUCUGGCGUCGUUCCUUUGACACCCCCCCUCCCCCCAUGGAACACGACCACGCCUUCCACAAGAUCAUCAGUGAAUCACGGCGCUACAAGGGCCUGAAGCCCGGGGAGCUGCCCACAUGUGAGUCCCUGAAGGACACUAUUGCCCGUGCCCUGCCCUACUGGAAUGAUGUCAUCGCACCUGAGAUCAAGGCUGGCAAGAACGUCAUCAUCGCUGCCCACGGCAACAGCCUCCGCGGAAUUGUCAAACACUUAGAGGGCAUGUCAGACGCUGCCAUCAUGGAGCUGAACCUGCCAACAGGUAUCCCCAUUGUGUACGAGCUGGACGCGAACCUGAAGCCCGUCAAGCCCAUGGCUUUCCUGGGAGACGCUGAGACUGUGAAGAAGGCCAUGGAGGCCGUGGCUGCCCAGGGCAAAGCUAAGAAGUAAGCCAGCCUGGAGACAUCAAGAGGAGAAAGAAAAAAAGUGACUGUCCCUCCCCCCCGCACAAGCCUUGUCCACUCACCCAAACACACAAACACACACACACUAUUGUGGAGUGUCACAGUCCCACUGUAGGUGUUGGUGAAGCCCUGUGUUAAGGGCACAACAGUCUGACACAACAAAUAAAGAAAACACCUUUUUGUG